AUGGGAAGAGAUCACACCUCCAAGCAGCACAUCAGAUCUGGCCACAGAAAGGCCCCAAAGUCGGAGAACGUUUACCUCAAGUCGUUGGUGAAACUUUACUCCUUCUUGGCUCGUAGUUCCGCGAGUGCGACUUUGAGCAAAAUUGGAAUAGUCAUCCAUCCUUUUACUAACUUUAUUUCAGGUCGUACUGAUGCUCCAUUCAACAAGCUCGUCCUCAAGUCUUUGUUCCUUUCCAAGAUCAACAGACCACCAGUUUCCGUCUCCAGAAUCGCCAAGGCUUUGUCUCAACCAGGUUCUGCUGACAAGACUGUUGUCGUUGUUGGAACUGUCACUGACGAUGUCAGACUCCUCAAGUUCCCAAAGGCCACUGUUGCUGCUCUGAGAUUCACCAGCGGUGCCAAGGAGACCAUCCUGAAGAACGGUGGUGAGGCCAUCACCCUCGACCAAUUGGCUCUUAGAGCUCCAACUGGUUCCAACACCUUGACUGUCAGAGGUCCAAGAAGCGCCAGAGAGGCUGUCAGACACUUCGGCUUCGGCCCACACAAGGGUAAGGCUCCAAGAAUCAUGUCCAAGGGCAGAAAGUUCGAGAGAGCUAGAGGUAGAAGAAGAUCUAGAGGAUUCAAGGUCUAA